UUGGUUUUCCGAAGACAUGUUUUUAUAUGUUUUAAUGUAGAUGCUCUUUUUGUUUCAAAUCUAAUUAGUCCUUCAAGCUUUGUGCUUUAUAUUAAUUUUGUUCACUUCUUUUUAUUAAAUGAUAUAAUGAGUACUAAUGAAACAAAGAUAACAGAUUUUUUCCUUUUAGGAUUUCCAGGACUUUUGCCAAAGUUUUAUGGACCUGUUUCUGCUCUGCUUUUUCUAUUCUAUUUGGCUAUAGCUGGUGGAAACAUUUUCAUUUUAGCAUUUAUAGCAUGUAAGCGAUCUCUUCAAAAACCUUCUUAUUUCAUAUUUUUCCAUUUGGCAUUAACUGACUUAUUGUUUGGAACUGUAACCCUGCCAAAAGCUAUAUCAAAAUACUGGUUUAAUAGUAGCAUAGUUUCAUUUUAUAGUUGUCUUAUCCAGAUGUUCUUUGUUCAUUUAAUUAGUGCAGCUCAUUCUUUUAUAUUGAUGGUGAUGGCUCUGGACCGUUUUAUAGCAAUUUGUUCUCCACUGCGUUAUACCUCCCUGUUUAGUAAUAAAACUGUUUCCUUGCUUUGUGGAAUAUCGUGGCUAGUGCCGACAUCAUUUAUGAUUACAAAUAUGUUUGAAAUUUUGAGAGUACCUUUUUGUAACUCAAAUAUAAUUGUCCAAUGCUACUGUGACCACAUGUCAAUCUCAAAUCUUGGAUGUGAGUAUGUACGAGAAGUUAAGACUAUUGCAUUAAUUUUUGCAAUGAUUAGUUUGUUGGUGCCCUUGGGAUUUAUAAUCUUAUCCUAUUUUGUUAUUAUUGCUGUUGUCCUAAAAAUAUCUUCCCCUGGAGGCUGCAUAAAGACACUGUCUACUUGUACCCCACAACUUAUAAUCACAUGUUUGUACUAUUUGCCAAGAUGCUUUUAUUACCUGGCAAAUUUUGUGGGAUACACUUUCAGUGUUCCUGUUCAAAUAGUUAUAGUAAUGUUGUACAGUCAUAUACCAGCAGCUGUAAAUCCACUAAUUUACUGUUUGCAAACAAAGGAUAUCAAGGAAAAAAUAACAAAGAAUUUUCUCUCUUGGAAAACUUACACCAUAAAACCCAAGUAAGACAAAUUGGUGAAUAGGACAGAAAAUGU